GUCUUUUUCCCUAAUUCCAUUGAAAAUUACUUGAUACAGAAACUAUUACAUGUUUUGCAGCACAAUAAUGGUGUGAGAUAUGGCUUCCAUCCUACAAACCAACCAACCUGUUAAAGGUUAAAAUUUCUGUGAUGUAUUUGUAAAAUGGAACAGGCAAAUCAAAGCCUUAUUAAUCCAUUUUAACAAUUUUCUUUCAUGUAAGAGUGGUAAAAGCCAAAACACAGAGCACUUCAGCUUAAUAUUGGAAUAAAUAGGAAGAUUCCAGUUUAAAACUGUGUUUUAAUUAUUGAACAGCUCUCAGAAUUAAAUCACUGACCUUUGAGAAUUUAGUGACCUAACAAGUACUUGUCCUCAAGACACAUAUCUGAGCGGGCAUUCCUUUACAUGAAGCUUUUCCACUCUGGUUAAAGAUGCCCAAGAACACUGCAAGUACCAAGUGAAUGAGCCAAAAUCAUAUAACCUAUCUAAAAAAUGAAAAGCUGGAUUGUACUGCUGGCUAUUGUAGUCAGCACAGCAAAAACAGAAAAACAGGACGUCUGUACCCAAGGGUAUCCUGGCAUCCCUGGCAAUCCUGGGCACAACGGCACACCUGGUCGUGAUGGACGUGACGGUUCAAAAGGCGACAAGGGAGAUACAGGUGAACCGGGAAUUCCUGGCGUUCCAGGAAAAGAUGGUGCCAAUGGAGAGAAAGGUGAACAAGGAGCCAAUGGGACUGUUGAAGAGAAGGGGAAUAAAGGAGAUAAAGGAGAAAGAGGACAACCUGGGAAACUGGGGCCAAAAGGAGUUAUAGGGUCAGUGGGUUACAAAGGUCAGAAGGGAGAGCUGGGACUGCAAGGACAAAAGGGAUUAAAAGGAGACAUUGGACCCAUUGGCCCGAAAGGGACAAAGGGUGAAAUUGGCCAUCCUGGAAGAGUUGGUUUCCCAGGGCCAAUUGGCCCGACUGGUAAUCCAGGUCCUAAAGGUAAUACGGGAGGUACAGGGCCACAGGGUAAUCCAGGAGUUCAGGGGGAAAGAGGCUUGAAAGGAGACAGAGGAGAAAAGGGGAAUGUAGGUGCCCCAGGAGUCCUGCCAAGGAGUGCUUUCAGUGUUGGCCUUACAGUUGACACCAAAUUUCCCCCUCCAAAUCGCCCAAUCAAGUUUGACAAGGUGCUGUAUAAUGGUCUCAAUGACUACAAUCCAGUUACUGGCAAAUUCACCUGCAAAUACCCUGGUGUUUACUAUUUCACCUACCACAUCACUGUCUACUCAAGGAAUGUCCGAGUUGCUCUAGUUAAGAACGACAUCAAGAUGCUGCACACUGUGGACAGGUACCAGAGUGGAGAGGACCAAGCCUCAGGAGCCGCCAUCCUGGAGCUGCAGGGAGGAGACAAGGUGUGGCUGCAGGCUCACCAAGGGGAGACUUUCAAUGGGCUGUUUGCAGACGCUGAUGAUGAUACCACCUUCUCUGGGUUCCUCCUGUUCAGCACCUCUGACUCGCUGGAGCCACUGCCAUUGCCCACCACAUAACUCCAUGUUAUCCGUGAAUGCUGUAUGUCUGUGUCCUUCAGCCCUCCUUAAUAAAGUUGUUAUCUGCUAAACGAUUUCUACUGGAUUCGACAGAAAACAGUUGUUAUCUUCUGCACAAGAGAGGACAAUUCUUCUGCAUCAAUACAGUUUAGUAACUUACUAUAGGAAUGUACGGGGUGCAUACACAAGUCCUGAAGGACAAAUGUUUUUCAAAAAAGUGGGACAAAAUAAAGGAUAAAUAUUCUGGAAA